CAUUUAAUUGGAAUAAAAAAUAUCAAUGAAAAUGAUAUUCAUUUAAUACUUGAAACUGCUAAAGAAUUUAAAGAAGUAAUUAAUAGGCCAAUCAAAAAGGUACCUUCACUUCGAGAUAUUACAAUUGCCAAUCUAUUUUUUGAGAACUCCACUCGUACAAGACUUUCAUUUGAACUUGCCGAAAAAAGAUUAUCAGCCGAUACCAUUAAUUUUACUUCAGCAGGAAGUUCUGUCAAAAAAGGGGAAACUUUGCUAGAUACUGUAAAUAACAUCUUAGCCAUGAAGGUUGAUAUGGUUGUUAUGCGUCAUAGCAGCCCUGGUGCACCUCAUUUUCUUUCUAACAAGAUAAAAGCCAAUAUAGUAAAUGCUGGAGAUGGAACUCACGAACACCCAACACAAGCCCUGUUAGAUGCUUUUUCAAUGCAAGAAAAAAUCGGAGAUUUGAAAGGGAAGAAAAUUGCCAUUAUUGGAGAUAUAUUGCAUUCGAGAGUAGCAUUGUCAAAUAUAUUUUGCUUACAAAAAUUGGGUGCAGAAGUAAGGGUUUGUGGACCUAAAACCUUGAUACCGAAAUACUUGACCGAAUUGGGCGUGCAAGUUUUUGAUAAUGUUAAAGAUGCUUUGGCUUGGUGUGAUGUGGCUAAUGUGCUUAGAAUUCAACUAGAGAGACAACAACUUAAAUAUUUUCCUUCUUUAAGGGAAUAUUCUUUGUAUUUUGGAAUCAAUAAAAAGAUGUUGGAUGAGCUUGAUAAAGAGAUAGUUGUGAUGCAUCCUGGCCCCAUAAAUAGGGGAGUAGAAUUAAGUUCAGACGCAGCAGACUCACCACAUUCAAUAAUUUUAGAUCAAGUAGAGAACGGAGUAGCAGUUAGAAUGGCGGUUUUGACAGUUGAAAUAGUAGAAAUCUUGAAAAAGGAGAUUGGAAUUGAUUGUCAAAUAAGCAAAGAUUCUUCUCAACCAAAGAUAAUUUUGGUUGCCAAAGAUUUAAUUCCUGUCUGUUCUUUCCUUUAUAAAACUUCUGAACUUUAUUUUGACUAUUUAAAUUGCAUUACAGCUAUAGACAAUGGAUUGGAAGCUGGCACCAUUGAUUUAAUUUACCAUCUUACAUCUAUUCCAUACGAGCAAUCAGUUAUACUUAAAGUGCAAAUAGACAGGUCUUUAAGUGAAAAUACUCUGGUUGAUAGUGUAAGCUCAAUUUGGAAAACUGCUGAUUGGCACGAAAGAGAAAUUUUUGAUUUCUUUGGUGUGAAAUUCAAUCUUCAUCCAGAUUUGAGAAGAAUUCUUUUACCUGCUGACUGGGUGGGAUUCCCGAUGCGAAAAGAUUACGAACUACAAGAAACAUAUCAUGGUAUAAAAGUCAAAUAC